GACAUUGUACUUUAAUAGGCGAGGCAAAGAAUGAAAGUGGUGGUGAUUCUAGUCAUUUUUCACUUGCUGUAUCUUGAUGGUGGUGUCGCAAUAAUUUGUCAUCAUCCGUGUCCAUUAAUACCACUAACACAACUCAAUGAUUUCAAAAAGUCUCUGACCGGGCCCACACUUAGUCCUGCCGAUGUUGGAUACGCGAAUGCAUCGUUGAUGCAGAAUAGACGAGUGACGGAACACCCUGGAUUAAUCGUAUACGCAUUAGACGCAAGUGAUGUUCAAAAGACCGUUGUCUUUUCCAAAAAACACAGUUUAAAGCUAGCAGUUCAAUCUACAGGACAUUCAUAUGUUGGUAGAUCAACCGUAGAAGGGGGAAUAUUGCUGAUUCUCUCUAAAUUGAAACAAAUCAAAGUAGAGUUGAAUUCGACGAGAAGUCCUCAUGGCGAGGUUAUGGUGGAAACUGGAAAUAUGUGGGGCGGAGUCUAUGAAGAGGUGGACAAGUAUGGAAGAGUGGUUGUAGGAGGUUCCGAUCCGAGUGUGGGUAUGGGAGGUUAUACACAAGGAGGAGGCCAUAGUCCAAUCUGCCGAAGUCUUGGACUGGCUGUAGAUAAUCUCUUAGAGGUGAAAUUGAUCAUUGCUGAUGGUGGUACAGUCACUACUUCCACUUCCGGUACCACAAUUAAACAUACCAAUGGAACUGUCAUAAAUAGUAACGACGCUGAUUUAUUCUGGGCACUUCGAGGAGGCGGCGGAGGAACUUGGGGUGUUGUCUUGAGUUUCACAUUCAAACUUCAUCUUCCCCCAAAUAAUGGAAUGAUGACGGCAAUAUCUGUCUUUAAUAUGUACGAACUCAACUCAGGUUUCAUUGCACCAGGAGCCGCCGUUUUAAAGAAAUAUUUCGAAUUUUUGAAAACAGUGGACGAAAAAUGGGGAGGAUAUGCCUUGUAUAGCACAAUGCCGUUAGACAAUACACACUUUGGUACACUGACUUUAGAUUUAGUUUAUUUCGGUGGUUGGACACAGGCUGUCCAGAAUAAAAUGGACGCCUUUAUGGCUACUCUUACCACUAAGCCAGUAUAUACUGCUCUGAAGAAAUAUACCAGUUUUUGGGAAUAUCAGAAAAACGUCCCAGCUGAUCGUGGUGGAGCUAGAAUAUAUCUUUAUAAUUCUCUGCUACAAAACGAUACUGACUACGACAGUUUGGUGGACACAUUAGUUCAACAUGCAGUAACGAAACCAUAUCCACUGCUUCAGGGGUGCACUAACACAUUCAUCGGUGGAGCCACGAGACAAGGAUCUGAGAAAGAAACGUCCAUCAGUGUUGGAUUCAGAACAGCUACUCAUAGUUUAAGUUGUUUUUUGGGCUGGGGCGAUCCUAAAUAUGAUGCCGAUGGUGAAAAAUUCGGGUUACGUUUCGGAGAUGAAUUGCAAAAAUAUGGAAAGGCGGUGUAUUUUAAUGAACCGACUGAAGAUAUAUCAGAUUGGAAGGAGGCAACAUGGGGAAAGGAUAAUUACGCUCGUUUAUUGACUAUCAAAAAGAAAUGGGAUCCUGAACAAUUAUUUUGGUGUCACCAUUGUGUAGGAUCAGAUCUGCCCAGAAAACAAUAUUGUCCUGUUUGUAUUUUUGAUGAUAAGAGCUUAGUUGGGUAAUCAAUUAAUUAAAUUAGAUCUACUGGC